AUGCAAGAUCAAGAACUUUUAGUAGUCAAAAAUAGUAAUUUAAUUUUAUUAUUUAAGAGAUUAGCUUACAACAGGCAUAUCAUGAAAAACUACUUAUGAAAAUUUUUGAGGAACUUGUAGAGCUUGGAUACCCUACUGUUGUUGUUGUUCAUAUCCUUAUUAGGAAAUAAGCUUAGGAUAUGUUAGAUUAUUACAAGAAUUUGAACUUUUUGAUAUACAAUUGCCACUUUGUAAGCAUUUUGUUAAUCAGUAUCAAUUAACGUAAAUGUUCUGGUAAAUAAUAAUGGUUGAAAUGAAAACAUAGUAAACAUGAAUUAUUAAUUUAAAUAAUGGAUAAGACAAUAAAUCUGUCAUUCUAACAAAAGAUAAUAUUACUUCAGUGAUUGACACAGUUUUAUAUUAUAGAAUAGUUGAUCCAAUCAAAUGCAUUUAUUAAUUAAAUAAUCUUGUAGGAGCUAUGCUUAAAGUUACUUAAUCAGUCAUGCGUACAGAAUGAGGAGAACUCACUCUAUAAGAGUUAUUAAUAGAUAGUAUUAGACUAUUGUGAAAGAGGAUAUAUUUAUAAUUAAUAACAAUAGGUGUCUACAUAGAGAAAUUGUUUAUUAAAGAUAAAAUAUUAAGUGAUGAUAUAAGAUAAACAUUGGCAUUGACAGGAACAACUAAAAAGAUGACUGUGGCUAAGAUCAUUUCUGCUUAAGCUGAUGUAGAAGCUGCAAAGAUCUAAUGA